AUUUUUGUCAGACACACACACACACACACACAGGACACCCCAGCACGCGGCUGCAGAAUGGAUCUCCCACCAGUCAGAGGUUUAUCCGAUGUGCCGUGAGUGUUGGGAGCACCUUGCCCCAGCCCCGGCCUGCAGACCUGGUGCCACCCGGCCUGGAUCGACAGGAUGGACCCUGCUCAUUCCUUUAGGAUGGAGCUGGAUGGGCUGGACCUCCAGCAGGUACCAGUGCUGUCGCUCGAUCAGAUACGUGCCAUCCGGGCUAACAAUGACUAUGUGGAGAGGCCUGUGCCGCUGGAACCGGCAUCCCAGUCCGGAUUUUUUUAUGGCCAUGAUGACGGUUACCCUCAUGGAGUAUAUACCCAUCACGCUCAGCCCCCCUUCCACUCUGCCCUGCCCCGCAGCCAAAGUCAGCAGCAGCACAGUCACCUGUCCCACCUGAGCCGUUCCAGUACCAUAAGCUCUUCCAUGUCUCGGACCAGUGCCACGUCAGACCAGCGGCUACUGGCAGGUUUGACGCCAUCUCACUCUGGGCUAGGUUCAGUGGUCCGUUCUCAACCUAAAGGGGAACUCAAGCCCGAUGCUUCCUUGGGUAAAGGCCUGACAGAGGACGAGGCUGAGGUGGGCCUUCAUCUGUUCAUUUGCGAGCGGUGCGGUCGCUGUAAGUGCCAAGAGUGCUGCGCCCCCCGGCGCCUGCCUUCCUGCUGGGCGUGUGGACAGCGCUGUCUGUGUUCUGCUGAGAGUGCGGUGGAGUACGGCACCUGCUUGUGCUGCGUUAAAGGUUUAUUCUAUCACUGCUCUGCCCAGGACGACGAGGAUAAUUGCGCUGACCGGCCGUGCUCCUGUGCUCCAGCCCAUGCCUGUGCCCGCUGGGGCACAAUGGGCCUGCUGGCACUCUGCCUGCCCUGCCUCUGCUGCUACCCCCCUGCCAGGCUGUGCCUUGCCCUGUGCCAGUGCACCCACGACCGGGCCACGCGCCCCGGCUGCAGGUGUAGAAACACCAACACUGUGUGCCGCAAGAUUUCCGCCUCCAACCCUAACCCUGGUCAUCCCUCGCUACGCAGCAAAGCUCUGGAGAAGCCGUUAUGACAGGCUUGGAUGGGGGCCAGGUAAAUCCCUUUCCCCUCAGCUGUGGCCAAAGCAACGCCGUCGCCAAUCAACAGUGCCACAGCUGACCUUGUGACGACAACGCCAUUGACACCCACCUGCCUACAUAUGACAAGCCAACCAAUCAGCCAUGAAGUGUUGUUCACCUAAUGUACCUUGAAUUUACUUCUCCAGCUCAGGAGGGACCAAAGCUUUACUGUGCCUGUUCAUGUUGGAGACUUCAUGCCUAAAAACAAGAGAGUCAUCGUGAAGGAAGAAGCUGCCGUGCUUUGCUGGACUACCCUUCGACCUUAACCACGACUUCCAGACAGAAAUCACCUCUCUCUGCAUACUGUGGUGUAAUCUGGACGUCUUAAAAUCUAUUUAUUUAUUGUUAAACCUCCUUCCACCUUUUGCAAAGAGAACGCACAGAGACGGGCGACGGACCAAAUCAGGAAGGAACGACGCCUGCGGUGAUGUGCAUGGUCUAUGCCAGCAAGAGUUUCCGUCCUCUUGAAAUAGUGAAUCAGAAGAAGCACGAAAGACUGAGAACUUAGACCAUAAUGACAUUCAAAAAAAUCCACGGAAGGAUGAAGAAACAAACAUUAUGUUGCGGUUAAUACCUGACCGGGACUCUGAGAAAAGCACCAAGGCAUAAAGUGAGAACAAAAACACUUGUGACCACACCUGUAACAACAGUUUGACACCAAAAAGGGACCAUGCACUACGAACUGUGUGAACUUUAAUGCUAUUAAGCUCAUUUGUAAAGGAAAAGCACUGUGAGGUAGAUGGACAAUGUUUUCCUCAGCAGCCAAGAGCUGAAUGGGGAUUAUUUAACCAGAGGGAGGUUGCGUCCAUUGUGACUAGGCAGCGUGUGUGUGUGUGU